AUGCUCCUCCCCGUCAUUGUCCCGCUGCUCAUCAUGUGUUUCAUCAAAGACGCCUCAAGCACAUCCGCCGCGGGACAGCGUGACGACACCGCAGACGACCUCUUGAGGACAUAUAGCCUGCAGAUCAUGGCCGUGGUCGAAGCAGCUAUCCGUGGCACCGCCUGCUACAAAGAUUAUGUUGCCGGGCUCAAGGCCAACAAGGAAAGCCCACCAAACGCAGGACUGGUAGCGGGCAUCCACGCCUGUGUCGCCUCCUCGAGCGGCGCGUGGGUGCAGCUCCGAAUCGCUCGCAAGACGGCUCAAAGCCCAAACUUCCAGAGAAGCGGACUCAUCACCAAAGCCCUCCCCGACGUACUGGACACGCGAACGGAUCACCAGGGCCCGUAUACCAGGAAGCUGCAGAGGACACUCGAGGAUCUCAGCGCGGCGGCAACGACGGCCGUCGAGGCCUACGAAGCCGCAAAACAGUCGAGAGCAAAGGUCCUCGACGAGCUCAAGAAACCCCUCAAGGACCGGCGCAUCAACGUGACGGAGCUUACGGUGCGGGCGGAGGAGACGGACGACGGCGGCUGGCAGCUCGUGGUGCUGGGCGCCGUCGUGGCGGGCGUGGCCGUGGCCGGAGUGGUAACCUAUGGGCCUUUCAUAGCGGCGGACGCGCAGACGGCGCGGGCCGUGGAGGCGCUGGACGAGGCGGCGACGGCGAUCGGGGACAUGACGGCGCGGUUCUCGGCCAUGGCGAGAUCGAAUCCCGAAAGAGUGAAUAUCGGAAUGGCCGCGAGGCUACGCAACAGCAGGGCCGAGGCCAGGAGGCUGCUCGAGUUCGCCGACAUGAAGCUGGCCGAGCAGGACAGUCUCCUCCCGGAUGUCCCGGCGGACCAACGGGCCGAGGCGGGCGCAAUCAUACACACCGCGUCGUUCCAGGUCGAGGACGCCCGCAUACUCAUUGACAGGGCCGCGGCGUGGCACUUGUGGUUCAAGGCCUAUAUACCGCCUCCAUCAGACCUCUUGUCACCAUCGUCUUUCACAGAUACACGAUACAAGGCGUCCGCUGGACAGCUGCCGCCCGCCACCAUGCGCAUCACGCUCAGCAUAUACAACCCGCAGGCUGCGAACCAGGACAACCUGGUGACGCUCGACAUCUUCCCCGACAUGACCAUCUCCACCCUGCGCGAGUCCAUCCAGGCCGAUGCCAACAUCCCGCCCGCCUCGCAACAGAUCUACCACAACGGCCGCCUCAUCUCGGACGACUCCAAGACCAUGGAAGAGCUGCAGAUUGCUGAUGGAGACAUGCUGGCCGUACACGUACGACCGCCGCGCGCCGCCGCGGCCCCCGCCCAGGCUCAGCGAGCUCAGGCUGCCCGGCCGCCGGCGGCCGCACCGGCGCAACCGCAGUCUCAACCGCGGCAGGGCGGCGACAACGACCCCGAGAUGGUUCGCCUCCAGGUGUUGGGCGACCCCGCUCUGAGGCAGCAGCUGCAGAGGCAGCAUCCCGAGCUGGCUGCCGCGGCCGAGGACCCCGCACGCUUCGCUGCCAUCCUGCGAGACGCGCAGGACCGCGAGCGGCGAGAGCGCCUGGAGCGACAGCGGGAGAUUGAGCGCCUGAACGAUGACCCCUUCAACAUCGAGAACCAGAGGAAGAUUGAAGACAUGAUCCGUCAAGAGCGGGUCAUGGAGAACCUACAAAACGCCAUGGAGCACAACCCCGAGGUGUUUGGACGUGUGCACAUGCUGUACAUCAACGUCGAGGUCAACGGACACAAGGUCAAGGCCUUCGUCGACUCCGGAGCGCAGGCAACCAUCAUCUCUCCGUCGUGCGCCGAGGCAUGUGGCAUCAUGCGCCUCGUUGACACGAGGUUCGCCGGCGUCGCCCGCGGCGUGGGAACGGCAAACAUCAUCGGCCGCGUCCACUCUGCACAGAUCAAGAUCGGACAGCUGCACCUGCCAUGCAGCUUCACCGUUAUGGAGGGCAAGUCGACGGAUCUGCUGCUCGGCCUGGACAUGCUGAAGCGUUACCAGGCCACCAUCGACCUGGCCAAGGACAAGCUCUGCAUCCAGGGCGAGGAGGUGCCCUUCCUCGGAGAGGCCGACAUUCCAAAGGACGAAGAGGCUGCCGCCGCCCAGGAGCCCACGAUACCUGGUCCUGCGGGCACCUCGAUCGGACAGCGAUCUGGCGUAGUCAUGCCGCCCGGCGAGGCACAGCAACAGCAACAACAGCAGCAGCCUACUGCGCCGACGCCAACGCCGCCAGCGCCAGCUGCGCAGGUGCCUGCAGCGGCCGCGCCCAACGUCACGCCUGCGCAUGUCGACAGCCUGAUGGCCAUGGGCGCCACACGCGAGCAGGCCGUCCAGGCGCUCCAGGCAGCCGAGGACAACGUUGACGUUGCCGCCGGUUUGAUUUUCUUUUGA